AUAGCAAACCUUUUUUAACAUUUUACUCUUUGUACAACAAAAAGUAAUAGAUUUUUUAAUCUUAUCUAGUCCAUAAAAUCUCGUUGUUGUUACUGGCAUCAUUUAUAAGUUGCCCGUGCAACCCAAAAAAAACAAACAAACAACACAUUAAACGUGUCAACCGUGUUUUUGUUUUUUUGGAUCGUUGGUUGCCUUUUACGUUGCUUUUGAGGAGUGUGGACGUUUGCUGUUUCACUGCUUCAUUUCAUUUCCAACCAACAGUUGCCGUAAGUGAUUUUGAAUGGUUUCUGAGGACACCAACUGGAAUAGCAGCGACACAAUGUCCGACACGGACAUGCACGAUUCGAAGAAUGACAUUUGUGGCGGUGCUUCCAGCUCCAGCGGCAGCUCUGGCACCCCACGAACCAAGCCGAAUUGUGCACGUUGCCACAAUCAUGGCUUCAAAAUCAAAUUGAAGGGCCACAAACGCUAUUGCAAGUUUCGCAAUUGUAACUGUGAGAAGUGUCGCCUGACCGCCGAUCGUCAGCGUGUCAUGGCCCUACAGACGGCACUGAGACGUGCCCAGCAGCAGGAUGAACAGCGUAUAUUGCAGAUGAAUGAGGUGCCGCCAAUUGUACAUCCACCCACAGCUUUAAUAAAGGCCCACUAUCACCAUCAUCAUCACUUGCAGCAUCAUCUAACAGAGCAAUUGCAUCACCAUCAUCAACAUCAUCCCCAUUUGGUGGAUGCAACAGCGGCAGCUGCGGUUGUGGGUGUUGUACCGCCUCAUCAUCACCAUCAUCAUCAUGUGGCACAUGCCGCUGCGGCGGCGGCUAUAACAACAAUACGCUCACCACCUCACAGUGAUCACAGUGCCAAUGGCGGCUCCAGUGCUGGUGGUGGAGGUGGAAAUAAUAAUGGCGGCAGUGGUGGCGGCGGUGUAGUCUGCAGCAGUGUUGGUGGUAAUGAACGUAAUGCGGCUGCCCUUAAUGGUAUGGCUAGUAGCAGCAGUGUGGCUUCAAGUUCCACAGCUGGUCCACCUCAUCAUCCCUCACCGGAUCAGCAUCAGCAUAAUAAUCAACAUAAUCAACAUCAUCACCACCAUCACCCCCAUCCACAUUUGUCGGCUGUGCCCCCCACUGCUCAGUCAGUUGAUAGUUCGUGUGAUUCAUCCUCACCAUCGCCUUCGUCGACAUCGGGGGCAGCUUCGUUGCCAGUUAAUCGUAAGAUUAUUCCAGAGCAUCACCAAAAUGGAGCUGAUAUGUCUAUAGAUCUUUUAUUAGAUUAUUGCCAAAAAUUAAUAGAAAAAUUUGGUUAUCCCUGGGAAAUGAUGCCACUUAUGUAUGUGAUACUUAAGGAUGCUGGUGUGGAUAUUGAUAAGGCUUCAAAACGUAUUGAAGAGGGCAUACAAUUCAUAAAACAAAACGUUACCAUAUUAAAUAUGGACCAGGGUAGUGAGUGGAAUAAUAAACUGAAAUUUAAUUGGCGGCAUGGAAACCACGAUGCCAGAUCAGAAUGUGAUGAAACUACCAAACGAAUAAGACUAGAGGGACAUCCUCCCACAGCACUCUCUUCAGAAGAAUUAAAUCAACUUACACAAGCCUACUACUAUAAUUACCAACGAUUCGCCACCCUACCGCCAGCCUAUUGGCCUCAUCCAUCCAUACAAUUUGGUCGAGCUAUGUUGAAUUGUCGAACUGAAUUGGCAAAUCCUUAUUUUGCUCAUACCAUCAUACCACAUUCAGCAGUAACACCCGAAGAACCUCUAUCAUUCAGUCGAACCUCACCGAGUCCGUCCAAAAUGAGUCGAUCGUGUAGCAGUAGUAUAGGCGGCGAAUCGAUAACGGCCUCCUCAACACCAACGCCGUCAACAACAACACCAGCCCCUGGAGUUAUAGCCGCAGCAGCAGCAGCUGCCGCCGAAGCUGCAUAUCAUAGUUCAGUAAAUGUAAAAACAGCAGCUGAGGCAGCGGCGGCGGCGGCAGCUACAGCCGUUUUACACGUGGAUGACUAAUUUAUAAAAAGUUUA